AUGGCGCACCGCUUCGUUCUCACAGCCUUUGUCACGGGCUCGCGCAUCCUCGGCCGGUCCUUUGUGGCGGCGUACAAGCAGGCCCAGGCCGCGUCGGCGUACCAGCGCGCGCAGGCCAAGUCGGGCAACGGCGGCGGCUCGGUGGGCGCCUCGCUGUCGGGCGGCAUGACGCUCGACGAGGCCUGCAAGGUGCUCAACGUCAAGCCCCCCGCGGGCGGCCAGGCCAACGUCGAGGAGGUGCUCGAGCGCUACAAGCGCCUGUUCGACGCCAACGAUCCCCAAAAGGGCGGCAGCUUCUACCUGCAGAGCAAGAUUGUGCGCGCCAAGGAGCGUUUCGAGCGCGAGCUCGGCCCCAUGAAGGAAAAGAUCGAGCAAGAGGCCGAGGCCCAGGAGGGGUGGAAGCCCAAGGUCUACAAGGACCGGUAG